AAAUUGGAUAGGAGGGGAGGGGGCGCCUAUCCAGCUUCCUAUGUGCCCCACGCUGUCGAAGACCCUGGCCUCCCCAUGGGGCUCUGGACCUUAGACCCUUAAUCAUAAGGUCCCUUUAAAUACUUUGUCACUUACCUGAGUCCCGCCCAGGGCAGGUAAUCGCAAACCCCGCCCCUCUGGCCAGAAACCAGGAUUGUGCCGACUAUAGUGAGCAAGGUACCCCCUCCUUCCUCUCCCCUCCCCUCCUCCCUGUCCCCCUUCACAGCCGGGAGGCCCCGAUUAAGGAGGAGGGGACAGUGCCCCCAAGUCUAGGCAGAGUCCGGGCGAAGAGACCUGGCCUCAUUCUCCAGGGGCUGAGGCACUUCUCAUCUAACCACACCUGGUUCCUAGUGUCCACAAACUAUGAGGGGCCACCCCUCUGUGCUGCUGCUAUACCUGGGACUGACCACCUGCCUGGACACCUCACCCAGUGGGGAGCAAAACCAAGAAGUCUUCCUGGACUCCCCAGAGGCUGAGAGCUUCCUGGGCAGCCGAAGGCGGGUUCCACGAGCCAAUCAUUGGGACCUGGAGCUGUUCACACCAGGAAACCUGGAACGGGAGUGUCAAGAGGAGAAGUGUUCCUGGGAAGAGGCACGGGAGUACUUUGAGGACAAUACUCUGACGGAGCGCUUUUGGGAGAACUACAUCUACAAUGGCAAAGGAGGACGUGCACGAGUGGACGUAGCGAGCCUGGCUGUGGGACUGACAGUGGGCAUCCUGCUUAUCGUCCUGGCCGGCCUGGGAGCCUUUUGGUAUCAGCGUUGCCGUCAGGCCAGAGGCCAGCAGCCUCAUCCUCAAGAUACCUGGCACAAAAGUAGGAACUCAAUCAGCAUUUGCUGCCUGGCUGUCUUUGCAGUAGCAGGUUUAUAUGUGAUUAUCAUCCUGUGGAUAUUGUAUCUGGGCCGAGAUCCUCAGCCCACUGAGCUCUUUGAGCCCACCGACGCCCCUGCCUCCACCCCCACCGCCAGGCCUCCCCACCUACGAACAGGCGCUGGAGGCCUCUGGGGUGCACGACGCACCUCCGCCCCCCUACACCAGUCUCAGGAGGCCGCGCUGAAGAGCUGCUUCGGAGCCGGUGUUCUCCGAAGCGUGCCCCAGAUUCACACCGGAUUCCGGAAACCCUCAGGCCUCUUAAACUCCGGAGCUGAGCUUGGAGGGGUGAUGGGAGUAGGGGUCGUCCGGCCCGAGGCCUACCCUAGCACACGUGUUUCCGCCGCGUACGGAUACACGCAAGUUCCCGGGCAACGUGUUCCCACGUCCCGGCCCCUCGCAGGCCCCCACGCUCUCCUAAUGGUGGGGGUACCCGCCAGCCCCGCCCCCGGGGUAGGCGCGCGUGGAGAUUCGGACCCAGGCGCGCAAGCCUGGUGCGCAGACUCGCGUGUGAGCAGGUGUGACACGGCCAAUCGCCCGCCGUGUCACGGGCCACGGACACGCAGGGCCCCGCCUGUGCACACGCAUGUUUCCGUGCGCCCCUCGUGCGCGCACGGGGGCACUUUGUAAUCCAGGGAA